AUUGCAAACAAUGAGUGGUUCAACAAGUGGCAGCACUUACCUAUAAAAAAGAGAGGUGAUGAGUAUGAUGCACUGAAGAAAGCAUUUGGUCAGAAGAUAUUGGAUCAGGCCUUGGAAUUGUUUCCUCAACUGAAGGACCAUGUGGACUGUGUUCUCUGUGGUACAAGUGCUUCUGCCAACUAUUACUUCAACAGAAUUGCUGGAGGAGGAGCUAAAUUGGACAACACAAGAGCCAGAAUGUCCCUGGAAGCAUCUGCCAAAAUGAGAACAGAUACUGGAAUUCCAGGAUUGUAUUUGACUGGGGAGGACACAGUUGCAAAUUCAGUGGACCUCAGCAGCUCAAGCGGAGUUAUCACUGCAUCUGAAAUUCUGGGAAGGAAUCUUGUUCUUGAAGCUCUAUUUUGGCAAACUGUUGGGAAUCUGAAGAAAUAUAGAAAUAUGUUACCUGAAGGGAGAUGGACUGUCACUGUGGGCUUGCUUGCUGUGAUAUUAUACAUUGCCUACAUAGUGGUGAAACCAAUUUUGAAAGCUGUCUAUCUUGCCAUCUUUUGCCCAAUCUUCUCCACAAAAAGUUUUGAGGUUGUGGACCAGCCUUACCCAACAGACAAGGAAAAGGAUGAUGUUUUGAAUAAAGGUUUCAAGCCUGAAAGGGUGCCCCAGAACCUGGAUGUAAUUGUGAUUGGAAGUGGACCCUCAGGUUUGAAUGCUGCAUAUUUAUUGGCCAAGGCUGGGAAAAAGGUCCUGGUGUUGGAGCAACAUGACACAGCUGGUGGAUCCAUGCAUACAUUUAUAGAGCAUGGGUAUGAGUUUGACUCAGGACAUCACAUCUCUGUUAAUGUUGGAAAGGAUGGCAUUGCCGGUCUGUGUCUAAAUGUACUUUUGGAUGGAAAAGUGGAAUUUGUCUCUACAAGCAUUGAAAUCACCUUCAAACACUUACUGCCAAGAGCCAUAAGUGAUUCUUCAGAGUGGUACAGAGAAGCUAAGCCCUUCAUGAACAAACCCACUGCCUACUAUCAGCUAUUUGUUGGGUUGAACAAGACUGCAGAGGAACUUGAUUUGCCAUGGCAGCCUGUCAGAUGUUUCACCACAACCAAGGAAUGUGGAGAGGUUUUCAAUGAUUAUCUGUCCCUAUCUCUGGAAGAGGCACUGGAGGUGGACAUUCCUGUGUUUGCCCUUUUCUUCAAUUCUGCAAAGGAUCCCACAUUCAAUGACAGGCAUCCAGGAAAAUCCACUCUUGAAAUCUUCACAAUUGCAAACAAUGACUGGUUCAAUAAGUGGCAACCCUUGCCUAUAAAAAAGAGAGGUGAUGAGUAUGAUGAACUGAAGAAAGCAUUUGGUCAAAAGAUGUUGGAUCAGGCCUUGGAAAUUUGUCCUCAACUAAAGGUUCAGAGGCACGUGAUAACCGCCGGUUUAACCUGUCCGGGGUCAAAUCAUUCAGGCCUCGAUAUGACUUCCGGUUCAUUGUUAACAUGCCUCCACAUUUUAUCGACGUUUGUGAUUUUCGCCCUCGCAACCCGCGAUUUCUACUCAAUCCUUGGUGUUCCCCGAUCCGCGUCCAAGAACCAAAUCAAAAAGGCCUACCGAAACCUCGCCAAGGAAUUGCAUCCUGACAAAAACCAAGGCGAUCCGGAUGCCCAGCAAAAGUUUCAAGACCUAGGAGCAGCAUAUGAAGCACUUUCCGACGAUGACAAGAGGAAAAUGUACGAUCGCUGUGGAGAAGAGUGUUUGAAGAAGGAAGGCGGGAUGGGUGGAGACGGUUUCGACGCGUUCUCUAGUUUCUUCGGUCAUGACUUCGGAGGAUUCGGUUUUGAUUUCCACGGUCAAGGACGUGAACGGGAAGUGCCUCGAGGUGCGGACAUCGUCAUGGACUUGUGGGUGUCCUUGGAAGAACUCUAUGCCGGGAAUUUUGUGGAAGUUGCGAGGAUGAAGCGUGUGGUGCGACCUGCGAAAGGUACCAGGAAGUGCAACUGUCGGCAAGAAAUGGUCACUCGGUCUCUGGGGCCGGGAAGGUUUCAGAUGACCCAGCAAACUGUGUGUGACGAGUGUCCUAAUGUGAAGCUAGUCAAUGAGGAAAAGCUACUCGAGGUUGAGAUUGAACCAGGAAUGAAGGACCUCCAAGAGCAUCGCUUUGUUGCAGAGGGAGAACCUCACAUAGACGGUGAACCAGGUGAUCUCAUCUUCAAAAUUCGAGGGUCUCCGCAUCCGAAAUUCGAGCGCCGCGGAGACGAUUUGUACACAAAUGUGACCAUUUCCCUGCAAGACGCUCUGGUCGGCUUCGAAAUGGAGAUCACUCACUUGGACGGACACAAGGUGGCCGUGAAGCGAGACAAGGUAACUUGGCCCGGGGCUAGGAUCCGGAAAAAGGGCGAAGGGAUGCCCAACUAUGAAAACAACAACUUGUUUGGCACCUUGUACAUCACCUUCGACGUGUCUUUCCCAAAGUCCGAUUUCGCAGAGUCGGACAAGGAGGCGAUUAAGAAGGUGUUGAGUCAAAGCAGUGUCAACAACGUUUACAAUGGUCUCAGGGGUUUUUGAAGAAAAACAAAUUUUAAAUUGUGGUGGAAUAAUGCGUGGUUCUUUGUUGGUUUUCUUUUUAUUCGUGCUCAAGUCUUGUGGAUGAUCUGUGUCGUCUUUUCUAUUUCCCCCACUUCGUUGACUGUUUUCGAGAAUGUUAUUCGUCUCUCUCGUUUUUUUUUUUUUU